AUGACGGAGAUUCAGCAGCAGCCCCAUCUUGACUGGGCUGGUGAUGCCUUCACUGCCCUUCAUCCACCAGGCAUGAGCAAUCAACACCACGACAAGUGGUCCACGGCCUUCAGCAACACUGCCACAAUGUCCUCACAAGCCUUCUCCAUUCCUCCUUCCCUCCUCACUCACGCUGCCCUGGAGCGAUACGGCCAAGUCACUCCACCCGAGAAAUUCUCUCCCACUCACCCUCUUCGCAAUGACCGCGAAAGUUCCAUCCCUGUCGAGCAGCUUCGCAAUGAGACGACGCCUUGGCCCAAAAAGGAACACACCUCACUGCAAAUGACCCCGCCCGAAGAGCCUUUGCCAAAGCGACGCCGCACUAGCAGGCAGACGCUUACCAAUCAGGAUGCUGCAAUGCUGCCAAGUGCACCUGUACCACCUCAGCAAGAAACCGUUGAAGCCAACCCGCAGCCACCCAAGCGCAAGCGGGGUAGGCCCAAAUCUCAGCCCCAGAUGGUCGAGGCCUACACCGCCGACGGCUAUCCCUUUCAAGUCUCAUCGGCCCGCCAGAACCAUCUCGAAAAGAACCGCGUCGCCGCACACAAGUGCAGGCAGCGCAAAAAGGAGUACAUCAACAGCCUCGAAGGCCGAGCCCGAGAAUUCUCCGCAAAGAACAAGAUGCUCAAGGAAAACGUUGCCUUGCUCCGCGAAGAAGUCCUCGGCCUCAAGAACGAAGUCUUACGUCACGCUGGCUGUGGCUUCUGGGCCGUUGACGAAUAUCUCGCACGAUGUGCUGGUGGCCUUCUUGGUAUGGAAGUUCCUGCGUCAGAGAUGCGCCACUCAAUAUCACAUCGCAAGAGCCCCCACCAAAGCCCCGCUAUACCCGUCUCACACCUCACCGGCCAACAUGCCCGCGAGCACAGUAUGGUCUCGAUGACUUCAGCAGAUACCGACGAUCUCGGUGGACUCGAGCUCCUCAAGGACUUUACCGACGAGGACAUGGAUGAUAUAGGAAUGUAG